UCUUUCCAGGUUGCGUUUUUGCAUGGAACCUCCCUUCCCUCUUUAUCUUCCCUUAGACUCUCUGUCUCUCUCGCAUUUCAGGCUCUCAAGUGGACUGUACAAUCUCUCGCUCUGUCUCUGAAACCGAGAUUCUUUAUUAUUUCUCUCUCUAUAUCUGAACAAUACUUAAAGAAGAAAUGAUGAUUCUGUUUCUCAUCUGAGUCAGAGUCUUCUCUGAAUUCCAUGCUCCCUCCCUCCCUCCCGCUCUCUCUCUUUUUUUUCUCUCUAUCAAUCAAUCGAUCAUGCUAUAAAACCAGUAACUUCUUCUGAUUGGAUUACAUCACUUCAUUUCUUUUCUCAGGAAGAAGCCUAUGCCUUGAAAUUUUAAUUAAUUGGGCAUUGAAACAUUUGGAUCUGGGAAAUGGGGGCUUCAAACUCUAAAACAGAAGAAGAUAAGGUUUUGCAGCUUUGUCGUGAAAGAAAGAGAUUUGUUAGGCGAGCACUUGAUGGCAGGUGCUCACUAGCAGCUGCUCAUAUUAUGUAUAUUCAGUCACUGAGAAGUACAGGAACUGCUAUUAGGAAGUUCGUUGAACCUGAAGUUCUGUUUGAAUCUUCUUUGUACACCUCCACUAAUGCAACGCCAGAGCCACUUGCUUUGACUGAGAAGUCUAUUUCCCAUUUCUCAGUCUCCUCUCCAUCUUUAUCUCACCCUGUUGAUGCAGCUGAAAACCUUUCUCCAUCACCAUCUCCUCCCAGCUCAAGUCGGAUUCAGGCACAUCAUAUGAAAUUUAGGGGCUUUUCUUCUAAAAAAGUUGAAGAGAAAUCUCCUGUAGUUGUUACAGGGACAGUAACCUCAUCCAGUACCCCUCAAAAUACCACACCUCGUUCCACUGAAAAACAUGGAACAUCACAGUUUGAAGAUUCAUCAGUCCCACCAGGGAUUCAACAAUGGGAUUACUUUGAACUUUUUCACCCGAUUGACCAGCAAUUUUCUUUCCAAGAUGCAAGGCAAAUGAACCAUGGGUUGGACAGUGCUGAUGAUUUAAGAAGGCUCAGGGAAGAGGAAGGAAUUCCUGAGCUGGAAGAUGAAGAAGAGAAAGCUUCGAUUCAUGAAAGUGCCGAGACAGAGGGUUCAGAAGAUGAAUUUGAUGACCCUCCUGCAGAGACUUUGGUUCGAAGUUUUGAAAAUCUUAAUAGGGUAAAUGAUCGUGUUGCACCUAGUGCCUCACCAACCAUGCCUUCUGCAGGGAGUGCAGCUUCAGAAACAGAGUUAUUGAAUGGGGAGAAAGGUAACUCUCCUGGUUUGUCACCAUUAAGAACUCCAUUGUCAGUAGUUACUAUUUCAGCUGACAAAAAGAAAACACCAAUGAAGGAAGAUCGAUCAGCAAAUAACGUUUCCCCUAAGGACUUCUUUUCAAGCAUGAAAGAUAUUGAAUAUCUCUUUAUAAAAGCUUCUGAAUCUGGGAAAGAAGUUCCAAGGAUGCUUGAAGCCAAUAAAUUGCAUUUCCGUCCAUUAGCCCCUGGAAAAGAAAAUGGAUCUCUGGCAUCUACAUUCUUCAAGGCCUGUUUUGCUUGUGGGGAAGACCCUAGUCAACUGCAAGAAGAGCCUGCCCAAAAGGAUGUGAAGUACUUAAUUUGGCAUAGGACGACAUCGUCACGGUCAUCUUCAUCCAGGAAUCCUCUUGGAUUAAAUGCCAAGGAUGAUUCAGAUGAUCAGGCUGGCAAUCUUUUUGAUAAUUUUUGUAUGAUCUCCGGCAGUCAUGCUUCUACCUUAGACAGGCUAUAUGCGUGGGAGAGGAAACUUUAUGAUGAAGUGAAGGCUAGUGAGAUGCUCAGAAGGGAGUAUGACAUGUGCUGUAGAACUUUAAGACAACUGGAAUCCAGUGGAAAAAGUCUCCAUAAUAUCAAAAUUGAUAAAACUCGUGCUGUUGUUAAAGAUCUGCAUUCGAGAAUCAGAGUUGCCCUUCACAGAAUUGAUUCCAUAUCAAAGAGGAUUGAGGAAUUACGGGACAAAGAGCUCCAGCCACAACUUGAGGAAUUAAUUGAAGGGCUGAGUCGGAUGUGGGAAGUGAUGUUUGAAUGCCACAAGCUUCAGCUCAACAUCAUUACAGUAGCAUUCAACAAUGGUAACGCCAAAUUCUCUAUACAGUCAGAGUCACAUCGGCAGGUUACUGUCCAUCUCGAAAAAGAACUAAGCUCUCUAUCUUCAAGCUUUACAAAGUGGAUUGAGGCUCAGAUGUCUUACCUGGAGGUUAUAAACAGUUGGCUUUUUAAAUGUGUCUUUUUUACACAAAAACCUACCAAGAGAAAAAGUAGGAGGCAAACGCCCCCUUCGUUGGCCUUAAGAUCAAAUGGCCCUCCUGUAUAUGCCACCUGUGGUGCCUGGUUGGACGGUCUUAAUGACUUGCCUGUAAAGGAAGUUGCAGAAUCUGUAAGGCUUUUAGCAGCUGAAACUGCUCACUUUUUGCCACGCCAAGAGAAGAACCAAGGGAAGAAAUCUAAAUUCUCAUCAUGGAAGGCUGAUAACGGAAGUGAAUCAGCAGUUAACAUGUUGAGAGAUGAGGCCUCAGAGGAUUUUAUUUUAGGUUUUGAGCAUUUUCGAUCAAGCUUGGAGGGAUUUCUUGGCCAGUUGAACAACUUUGCUGAGAAAUCUGUCGAGAUGUAUGCAGAACUUGAAAAGAAAAUCCAUGGUGUCAAGAGUAAUUAUGAAAGAGUGAUGUCCCAACAGCAAGUUGCUUGAUUGGAAAAGAGAGCUUGGUUACAGAGAAGAGGGAGCAAUUUUGUUGUGUUGUAUGACCAUGACAGUGAGAAACUCUGGGAGGCAAGGCAUAUCAGAUAGAGCUCUCAAUUGGAUACCGUAUUUGUACAUGAGGAAAGGAAUAAAAGGGUGCUUAGUGGUUGUUUGUGGUUAAAUCAAAGCAGAAAAUAAAGAGGCUGGUAAAAAUUUAUAGUGAAAUUAAAGAUGUUUUAAAGGAGUGGUUUUGUAUUUCAAAAGGAAGAAAAUGUUGUUCUUCAAUGUAAGAGGAUCUGUAUAGUCUCUUCUCUUCUCCUUUUUUUGUUUUUCUUUAGUAAUUAAUAAUUAUUAUCAGAAUUCAGAUAAAA